AUGAGGGGGGAGAAUGUCACCAGGGUCAGCACCUUUAUCCUGCUGGGCUUCCCCACGGCCCCUAGCCUGCAGUACGCACUCUUCCUCCUCUUCCUGCUCACCUACCUCUUUGUCCUGGUGGAGAACUCGGCCAUCAUACUCACUGUCUGGACCAGUGCCACCCUCCACAGGCCCAUGUACUACUUCCUGGGCAUCAUGUCAACCUUAGAGAUCUGGUAUGUGUGUGACAUCAUUCCUAAGAUGCUGGAUGGCUUCCUGCUGCAGCACAAGCGCAUCUCAUUUGUGGGGUGCAUGACUCAGCUCUACUUCUUCAGCUCCCUGGUGUGCACUGAGUGCGUGCUUCUGGCCUCCAUGGCUUAUGACCGCUAUGUGGCCAUCUGCCACCCACUGCGCUACCAAGUCAUCAUGACCACGGAGCUGUGUGUGCAGCUCGUGGUCUUCUCCUUCGCCAGCGGCUUCACCAUCUCUGUGAUCAAGGUCUACUUCAUCUCCAGUGCCACGUUCUGUGGCUCCAAUGUCUUGAACCACUUCUUCUGUGACAUUUCCCCCAUCCUCAAGCUGGCCUGCACAGACUUCUCCACUGCAGAGCUGGUGGAUUUCAUCCUGGCCUUCCUUAUCUUGGUGUUCCCGCUGCUGGCCACCAUUCUCUCCUAUGGACACAUUGGGCUGGCUGUGCUCCGCAUCCCCUCGGCCACGGGCCGCUGGAGAGCCUUCUCCACCUGCGCCUCCCACCUCACUGUCGUCACCAUCUUCUACACAGCUUUGCUUUUCAUGUAUGUCCGACCCCAGGCCAUCGAUACUCGGAGCUCCAACAAGCUCAUUUCUGUUCUAUACACCAUCCUCACGCCCAUUUUGAACCCUUUGAUCUACUGCUUGAGGAAUAAAGAAUUUAAGGAUGCCUUGAGAAGGACUCUGGGCUUGUGCCAAGCUCCACAGUAG